AAUUCAACAGAGCAACAUGAACUUGAACUCAUGAGGAAGGAAAAUAACGUUUGACUAGUUUCAUUGAGGAGGUCGUGAAUCAGAAUUGCGCACAAUAGUCUGGCCCAACUUUAUUAUAAGUAGAUGCGAAAUAAAUGAGUUUUAGUCUUAUAUUGACCAAAUUACCCUGAUUAUUGGCUGUUUCAUAGGCAAUACUGCGGGCGCACGCCAACUAUUCAUGACGUCAUGUAUGAGUAGAAAAUAGAAAACACUGAGAAUGUCAAUGCGCGAGAGGAUUUGUUUAAUCUGAGCAUGGAACCACAAGAAAUAAAAGUAGUUGUUUAUGCAGCAAGAAACUUACAGUCCAAGCGCGAUGAAGGUAUUUGCAAUGCAUCAGUUGUGUUUGGCGUUGGAAAAGAGAAAUUUCGCACAGAUGUAGUCAGAGGAAACAACCCAACAUGGAACGAAGAGUCUGUCAUCAAAGUUGUUAAAGCUGGCCCACUUGUCUUCACUGUGUAUGACAAGGAUGAUGUCMUUGGUAGCGUGUCUGUACCUCUUGCCCAGGUUCCCUCGGCAGCACACCGUCGCAGAUGGAUGCCACUGGCCAUGAAAAAUGCGCCGUCMAACGGCGACCUUUGUCUUGAUUGCUGGGUUGUGGCGUUUAAAAAAAGCACAAGUACAUGGACAGCGGCUUUUAAAAGUAGCUUUUUGCCAUCUAGUCUAGCAAGGGAUAGAUCAAAACGUCGACAAUCCAUAGAAAUGGCUUCUAUAUCACUCAGAGGAUCGCAUUCCCAAGAAAACUUAUAUACGAAUCCCAAUGUAAAAACAUUAACUUCUAUAGCGUCUAGAGAAAAMUUAACACGAACAGACAGUGGCGAAAUCUCCCGACCACUACCACCACCCCCUAUGGAUAAUCCCCCACCUCCUCUCCCCUCAUCUAUAAAAGACACUAAAAACAAGUUAACAUUGAACUUCAAGCCCCGUCUAACACCUACCCUAGGACAAAUUAUGUCAGGAUGUGGACCCCCUGAAAUAACUGUAGUAACUCCUAAGUGUGGUCCAGCGUCCGGGGGAACGCGUGUCACAAUACGAGGUGCUAACCUUGGGAAAUCGAAAGAGGAUAUAUUGUCUCUGAGUGUAAAUGGCUCUGAUGUACGGAGCACACUCGAAUGGCAUUCUUCGGCAAAGGUUACAUUUGCAACGAAGCCUUGGGGUGGAUGUGGCCCUGUCGCUAUGGUUACCAAAUCAGGGGGGAGAGGUACAUCGACGGUCAAGUUUACAUUUGAAGAGAAAAAAGAAGUGAAAGAUACCAAAGUCCCUCGUAAACAACUUUUAGAGGAAUUGACUCGAUUACGUCAUGAAGUACAUGAGUUAACAGAUGAAAACGAGGCGAUGAAGCGAUACAUCGAUAAUAUGAUGGUCCAAUUGAUGAACAAGUUYCCUCAAGUACUGGAACACAUCAACCAAUAAUUACCGAGAAGGACUGAGUAAAAAGUUAGGAUUUAUCCAAAUAGAGAUAGAUGAUGACAUCACUUUCACGGUGUUGUUAGUUUCUUGAUACAAAGUGUACAACAUUAACAUUUUGAUACUUGUUACAUUUGUACUAGCAUCGUAUGAAAUAAGAAAACACGUCGGAAGUAUCUCAUUUAUCGAAGUUUCUGAACAAUUUUUGAAAAACYUAUCGAAUA